AUGUGGGUCUUGGGUCUGCUGGCGCCGGUGAGUCGCUGGGCGGGGUGUGGCGGCGUCUUUCAUCUGGCCAGGACGCCCGCGCCGCUCCCGCCGCCCAUGCCAUUUCCAUCCCACGAGAUCUGUCCCGCCGCGCCGACCGCCCAACGCCGUGGCUGGUACUGCUUCGACCGCGCCAGCUGCGAGCACAGGUGGCACCAGCUGCGGCCUCUCAUGACCUCUCAGAGAUGGCCGGAAACGCGGCAGGUGGGGGGCAUUCUCUCCCCCGACCCCGAGGAAAACCCCCACUGGUGGACAGCCAAUCACGUCUUCGUGCCUUACUGCUCGUCUGACUCGUGGGCGGGGACGAGACGGGCGGCCGACGGCUCCGGGGAAUUUUCGUUCAUGGGCAGCGUGAUCGUCGAGAAGGUGAUCGAACAGCUGCUCGCGCUCAACCUCACGCACGGCCAUAAGCUCAUCUUGGCGGGGAGCAGCGCGGGCGGCGUGGGCGCGCUGGUGAACGUGGACCGCGUGGCGGCGCAGCUGGCGCGGCAGGGCAUCCGGGCGGAGGUGCGCGCCGUGGCCGACUCGGGCUGGUUCCUCGACAACGAGCCUUUCGCGCCCCUCAAGUGCGUCGACGCCCACAGCUGCCCGCCCGUCGAAGCCAUCCGCCGCGGCCAGGAGCUGUGGCGCGGACGCAUCCCCGACGCAUGCGCGGAGCAGUACCCGCGCCACCCGUGGUACUGCUACUUCGGGUACCGCCUCUACGAGACCAUGAAGGCUCCUCUGUUCAUCUUCCAAUGGGUGUUCGACGAGGCGCAGAUGACAGCCGAUAACGUGGGGAAACCUAUAUCGAAGGAACAGUGGGAUUACAUACACAGCAUCGGCGAGAGACUCAGGAAAACGUUCGAGAAUGUCACAGCCCUGUUUGCGCCGUCCUGCAUCUCGCACACCGUCCUCACCAAACGCGACUGGUCCAGCGUCAAGAUCGGAGAGGUGUCGCUCCCGCAGGCCCUUUACUGCUGGGACAUCACUCCUGCCGCGGCCCUCCACGCCAAGUCCUCCUCGGGGCGUCACCACGUCAGAAUCCAGCUGGAGGAGCACCAUCACGAUCCGGCCCACCACUUCGGCCACGACCGCCACGACAGCCAUCACGACCCUUCGUCCGGCGAGAGGGAGAGGGACGGCAGAAGGAAGAGCAUCCGCAGGAGAAACAACAGCGAACGGGACAGGGAAGACGGCCGGAGGCGCAGGGGGAGGGGAAAGAAGUCCCGGAGGAAAACCCAGGAGGAGAGCGGGCAAAGCGAGGAGGACCUAACCAACACGAGAGCCGGCGGGGAGCAGGACAGCCACAGCUCCAGCAAGAAGUCCCACAGGAAGACGAGCCGCAGACAGUCCCAGGGGGCGGGGAGGCCGGGCGUCCUCAACAGGGAGAUGCUGGCGGACUCCCCCAGGGACAGCUCCAAGGGCCCGGACAAGCACGCCGCUCCCCCGUACCUCGUGGAGUCCAACGCCAUCGACACGACGCAGGAAAGCACGAAACUCAAGCAGCAGCAGGAAGAGGCCGAGAAGCGGGAAGACGACAAGAAGGAACUCACCAGGAAGGAAAGGAGGAGGAGAAGACGGAAGAAGAAAAACCGAAACAAGGGCAGGAAGAAGAGAAAAAGGAAUAAAAAGAGGGGGAAGAAGAGGAACAGGAGACAGAGAAAUAAGGACAAAACAAGGAAGAAGAAAAGAAAAUCCAAAGUUUCAUCUGAAGCAGAGACGGUGCUAGGAGACGCGGUUAGACAGGCUCGUUCCAUUGCUCUCCUCCAUUCCAAACAGACCUCUCUCCACCACUCUCCACCUUCCUCCACCACAGAAUCUCCACCAUCACACCACCACCACACGAUGUCGCCGCUCUCACUAACAAUUGACAAUCCGUCUUCAUUUUCAUCAUCCUCUUCUUCACCAUCAUCUUCAUCCUCUUCAUCUUCAUCGUCCACCACCUUCUCUGACUCACCGCCAUCCCCCGCGACUCACACAGCUCCGAGUCGCGAGUCGGGUGAGGAUUUGCACGAGGAAAUGUGUCCUGCUAACACGUUGCACUUGACCGACCGCUGCGCCUGGCCCCAGUGCAACUACGCAUGCCCGAUCCUCCUCAACCCGUUCACAGGCGAAGAAAUGAACUUCAUUGAACUCCUCAAGAGCUUCGGGCUGGAUAUGGCCAGUGUUGCUAAUGCUCUGGGAAUCGACAUCCACACUUUGAACUCGAUGGCCAAUGAUGAACUUUUGCACAUUCUUACACAGUGAUUUGUACCCUUCCUGUGUGUGUAUUUAUUAUCACAUUGUAAAUUGAUGGAGGAAGGUAUACACAUAUCCCGUGCGAGUGUGUGUGUAUGUGUGUGUGUGUACUUUCCCUCCUUACAAUGGGCAGGUUGAUGUGUUGUGAAGUUCGUAAUUAAUGUGCUGGAUGGUCUUCUGUAAGUAACGUACAACGGAGUUAUACUAGUCCUGUAGGAAAAAAGAGAGAGAAAUAUUGACGAAUAGGAUGACAAAGAGAGAAAACGAGAGAGGAAAUGAGGAGAAGAAAUGUACAAUCUUUCAAAGGAUGUAUUUUUUUAUCUCAUUGGUUUACAUGACCUCUCCUGUAGUUGGAGAUAUUUAGAUGUUUACAAGCUUGAAAAGGGUAUAUUCUGUAUGCCAAAUCAGUGUCGUAAAAACACCUGAAAUUAAUGUAGCCAGGGGUUGGUAGAGAAAGCAGUUUGUGAGAGUUUACUCGAGACUGAAGCAUUUUUUCUGUUCCAAAGUGUGUUGAAUUAAGUAUAGUGUGUAGUUUACGAUGCAUUUAGAUGAGAAUUAUUUUUUAGGCCUAAUCCACUGGUGCAUUUUAUAUAAAGAUCAUACAAUUUAAAUCUGUUUUGUCCCUUUGUGCCAAGGACAAUGUUAUUAUAUUAGUGUUUUUUUUUUCUUCUAAGUUAACGGAUGAGCUUUAUAUUUAUAUAUAUAUAACUGUAGAGAUUUUCUUUUUAAAUUGUGAUAUGCUUAACGCUUUUACACAUAGUACAUUCUCCAUCAUUUACACCCAAUAGCAUAGCUUGUACAUACCCAUCGAGACACAGAAUGGAAUGUGUAUGGAUGAAAGGGUUAAGACAUAUCAACAGACAACCAUAGCUAAGUACAAGUAGUGUGAUGGAGCUUCUGUUCUUCACGAAUUUCUUUAAAAAAUCAAAACUUCGACAACAGGGAAUCAGGGAGGGGGAAUAGGAGGGAAGGAGCUGUGGGGAAUAAUGAAACAAAUUAAUGGAUAAUGUAUGUUUUUUGUCCUUUUUUUUGUUGUUGUCGGGAGGGGAGGGUAAACAAAGACUCAUUUUUGAUGGAGAUUUUUUUGUGUCAGGAAGUUUGUGUUACCUCCCUGCAGUGUCACAGUGACUGCAGUGGAAUGGCAGAGAGAGCAGUGAAGUGGAUCUCUCGUGACUUCUGAUGUGGCAGUGUCUACGGUCAUUAACCAAAUAAUUACCAUGAGGUUUAUUUAGGUCAUCCUAGAUCCGUUAGGGGUUAUAGAGACAUUAAAAAUAUAAGUGCUUUAUAGAGAUUAACUCUAUGUGUGUAUAGGUAAUAGAUACACCAGCUGGUAACCGGUUCAGUGUUCGAAGGUAUCUUUGUAUCAUCUGUUAGUACCAUCAGUUAUCUGGUAUCACGGUUGAAUUAGGAAUAGUUCCAGUUAAAGAAAGAAAAUAAUUGUUCUGUGUCUUUUAUGAUUUUGUUGUAAUGACUCUGCUAAGCUGAAAAACACAAGCAUUCCAUUGUCAUCUCUACUUUGGGGGAAUGAGGAUUGUUUAUUGUGGUAUAUAUUUUAUGAUUGUGUAAAUACUAGUAAAUAUUGUACAUUUUAUCUAGUAGUAGAAAGUAGAAUAUGCAGAGUAUGUGUUAGACCAUUUUUUCCGGGUGUACAUAAGUGUUUGGUUUGUAAAAUCCAAAAUGUACAUGGUAAUCUACAUUAAUAUAUCCUCAUGGACAUACCUCAGUAUUUAAAAGGAAAUUACACUGUUUGUGGACAUGCCAUAGGACUGACUUAAACUUGAGACAGAAUACUAAUGGAGGUAAUAAUGAAGUACACUACAUAUGUGUAUUUUCCUUUUUACUUUCGUGUGUUUUAGUGUUACACUUACAGUCUUAGAGUACUUACUGAUUUGGAAAACUCAGGUAGCUAUUCAGAAAUCAUAAUUUAACUCAAGGGUAAUCUUUUCUUUGUUGUCAUUAACUACCUUAUCAGGGAAAAAAGCUAUAGAGUUACCUCAAGUAGAUUUGCUGAUCAGGUGUGUGUAUAAAGAGAAUUAUGCACGGAUAAGAAGAGUUCAAACCUCUUACGUAUCUCAAGCAUUUCGGUGGAGAGUAAUAAUGAUUUAUAGAUUAUAAUUUAGACUUUCAAAAAAAAAACAGAAAUCGUAUGUGUGUGUAUAUAUACUCUGCAACAUUACCUCAUAUGUUAACUCGUUUUUUUAUAGAGAGAAAAUAUAGGAGUCUUUACAGUUUGUAGCUGAUGUUCACAUUAUGUUAUUAUUAUUUUUCCAUUAGUUAUUUUGUAUAUUAAUGUGUUGCAUCCAGAUGUACUUGAAGUCACGUGGAACUUCUGAGAUUUUGUUGUAUUUUGAUAUAGAAAUAUUCUUUGAUGAUUAGAUGUAUUUCUGAGGUACAGAUUUUUCGUUUUCUUUUACUGGGAAAGUAAUAUGAGAACUAUAUAUAUAUAUAUAAUAUUACAUAAACAAUUGCUUGUCUGCUUAGAUUUUACUUCCAAAAAUAAUCUGCAUUUAUUCUGAUGAUCACAUUUCCGAAAAUCUGUGUCUGAAGAGGUUGUUUGAGGAAUCGAAUAUUCACACAUUUUGGUCACUUGUGUAUGACUUUUAAAUCGCUUUCAAAGUACUUAGGAGCGUUAUUCCAAAAACUCUGGUUAAGUGCUCAGUUUAUAUUUUUUUUUAGAAAAAGAAAAAUAGAUGGGUGUGACUUUUUUUUCCUUAUGUAUAGACCAUUUCAUAGUUUCAUAUCAUUUUAUAGUAUCUUUUGUGUGUUUAUGUAAAGUUACUUUUGCUCGAAAUGUGUUUCAGUGAAUUUGACUUGUAUUGUGAAUAUUUUCCUUUUUUUUUGUAAUAGAAUAAAAUUAAAAAAUAGUUUUGUAUCUCUUUUGUAUUUUUCUGCGUUGUUGAGAUUCCAGUUAUGAAAUAUAUAUUUUUAUAUUUGAUUAUUGCUGAUAAAAUUAUACUUUUUUCCAGUGAAUCUUUGUCAUAGAUAUCAUAUUAUUAGUGAUCUUUCGAAAAUCAAAGCUUAUGAUUUUUUUGUGAAUAGAUCUUCUUUUUCAAGAUACCAUUUACUUACAGAGUUUCGUUUGUAGUGUAUUUGUAGACAUUUUUUUUUCUUCUUUUUUUUACCAAAUCUACCUCAGUUUUAUGUGAAAAUAGAGUGUGUAACAGUAGACGUGGCACAAAUAAAUCUUUUUUUUUCUUUAA